AUGCCUGUCCUUCAAUGGGCUAGAGAGAAAGGAUAUGCAUGGGAUGUACGCACUUGCAGAGUUGCAGUUGAAAAGGGUCAGUCUGACAUGUUAAAGUGGUUGCAUGAGAAUGGAUGUCCCUGGGAUUCAUGGACAUGUGCAAAUGCUGCUCUCCGUGGGCAUUUGGAAAUUCUGAAGUGGGCCCGAGAGAAUGGGUGUCCAUGGGAUGCACAGACAUGUGAAAAUGCUGCUCUAUAUGGGCAUUUGGAAAUUCUGCAGUGGGCCCAUGCAAACGGAUGCCCUUGGGAUGAAUUUACAUGCGCAGCUGCAGCUGCAGGAGGACAUUUGGAAUUGCUGAAAUGGGCUCGUGCGCAGGGUUGCCCAUGGGAUAUGUUGGCAUGUUCAAGAGCCGUCAAAAAUGGUCAUUUGGAGCUUCUCCAGUGGGCUCGUGAGAAUUGGCUGCCCAGAAGAGGGAUCAGAGGACAACUAGAGUAGUGAUUCUGAGGAAGAAGAAGAUUGAGAUUGAGACGGAGCCAGCCAUGUGGAGUUGAGGGGGGCUUGAAAAACUCUGCGAGAAGCUGUCUAGGCAGCGGCCAUUUUCUUGAGCAUAGAAGAUCUUCGCUUCGUUUUUAUUGAAUUGAUUGUCAUUUUUGCCAUGCUAUCCCCAUGGUUUGCUUACAGUAAUAAUAAACCGGAGCGAAAUUGAAAGCUGCGCACUCCCUGCGGCGGAAUGACAUGCACAGCUGUCUUCAUGUAUCCUCAUCCUCUCCAAACUAGCAGACUGAAUACGGUCACUUGCGCCAACACCCCAAAGACUAGCAAGGACUUGGCCGCCGGGUACGAAGACCCAAGUCGAUCGUACGCCGUUCGGAUUGUGGAUGGACAACGCUCCGUACUAGAGAGAUACAACCAGGCAGGGAAGACAAAGGCAAUGGCCAAGCCGAAAAUGCCAUUGUAAUCCAAAAUUGUGCCCAACUCCCGAACGUAAAGACCGCCAAUGAGGGGUGGAACCGCAGCCACGAUUCGAAAGGCACUGAUGAUCCAUCGGUUUUGCUGCAGUGGGUCGACCGGUCGAGCGGACAUGUGAGUCAAAUAAAAACUAACCAAUCGAGCCCAAGAUGGCGGUGUAGCAUUCCUAUUGGAUGAUGAGUACCGUAGCUCACCUGUAGUGGAUUGGUUCGGUCUUUGUAC